AUGGACGUCAACUGCACAUUGAUUGAGUGCAAGGAUAGAAAGGACGUCUCGAGAACUUUGUUUAAUCUGCUGAUUUUGGAUGCCCCGUCACCCAGUAACUUUCCCACGUACAUCAAGGCACUUCAAAGGCGUCACGUGCGUCAUCUCGUGCGGGUUUGCGGUCUGACGUACGACGCCACACAGCUGGAGAAGAACGGGAUUGAUGUACACAGCUGGCCUUUUGACGACGGGGCUGCGCCGCCAAAGUCGGUGCUAGAGAAUUGGUUCCAACUCCUCGACAAGGAGAAGGAGAGGCUGCUUUCUGGUGCCUCCACGCAGCCCGCGUCUAUUGCCAUUCAUUGCGUGGCUGGUCUUGGCCGUGCGCCCAUACUUGUGGCUGUGGCGCUUGUGGAGUACGGCGGCAUGGAGCCUCUUGACGCCAUUACACUCGUCCGCGAGAAGCGGCGGGGUGCCAUCAACCAAACGCAGAUGCAGUGGCUUGCAAAGUACAAGGGACGCAGUGCGGCGGGUGGUGGGUCGAGUGGUGGAUGCACCGUCAUGUGA